AUGGAAGUUAAGUAUCCAAUAGCUGCAAUAAAAGUUCAGAAGGCAACCCGUGAAAAACUGAGGGACAUAUUGAAUGAGCAGUUUCUUGAGUUGGGAAACACGCUUGGCCCGAAUAGGCCUAAGAAUGAUAAAGCAACCAUACUUGCAGAUACGAUCCAAAUGCUUAAGGAUUUAACUGCAGAAGUCAACAGGCUAAAGGCUGAGAAUUCAGCACUAAAUGAAGAAUCGUGCGAGCUGACACAGGAAAAGAAUGAACUGAGAGAAGAAAAGUCUUCUCUGAAAGCCGAUAUUGAAAACCUAACUGUUCAGUAUCAGCAGGGAUGUAUGGUCAUGUUCCCAUGGACUGGUAUGGAUCCUUCAGGUGUCAUGGCUCCACCUUAUCCAUAUCCAGUACCUCUGCCUGUUGCUACGGGCCCAAUUGCAAUACACCACCCCUCAUUGCAACCAUAUCCAUUUUUAGGAAAUCAUAGUCACGGUGUGAUUGCCAAUCCCUGCUCAACAUUCAUGCCAUAUUCAACCAGCAGCAGUCCAGUUGAACAGCCAUCAUCCCAACGUACAUAUUCUUCCCACACUUCUAGCGAAAGGAAUUUUGAAAGCAAAUCGGUGGACUACAAAAGAGGAAGUAAUAGAGAUAGAUGUGAUGGCUCCAACAACUUCGUGACGGAACUUGAACUGCAAAUACUUGGAUCAUCGACAAAGCAAGCUUUGUCGGCAGGAAAAAAGAAAGGCAAGGAAGCAUAAAAGGAGAGAAGUAUGGUGAGCGGUACCUCAUUGAGCCGUUAUUCUUCGUCU